AUGCAGUCGGUGAGCGAGACCAUCCCAGUGCUCAGCGGCCGCCUCAGCACCGCGACGCUGCUCGAGGACCGCCGCGCCGCCAUCCUCGGCCUGCGCAGCUUCGCGAAGCAGUAUCCCGCCUCGGUAGCCUCGGGCGCCCUGCGCAGCCUGAUCGGCAGCCUGAGCCGCGAUGGCGAAGACGUAGACACGGUCAAGGUCGCGCUGGAGACGUUGCUGAUGCUCUUCAGCCCCGACCCAGACAGCCCCGAGGCGUCGGAGGAGAUUGCGCUGUGGGUGGCCGACGAGUUCACACAACGGCACGAGAACAUUGCGCUGCUGUUGGGUUUCUUGGCCAAGGACAGGACCGACUUCUACUCGCGGCUCUACUCGCUGCAGCUGCUGUCGGCCAUUCUGUCUGCGCGCACCGAGAGGGCCGAGGAAUGUAUCGUCAAUACAAGCGACGGCAUUUCCCGCCUCGUCGCCGUUCUCGAGGAUCCGAGGGAGGCCAUCCGCGACGAGGCCAUCGGUCUGCUCACGGACCUCACCCCGACCUCCAACGUGAUCCAGAACUUAGUCACUCUAGAAAAGGGGUUUGCGCCCAUAUUUGAGAUCAUCGCCGCCGAAGGCGGUCUUGCCGGUGGCGCGAGGGUGGUGGAAGACUGUCUGAUCCUGCUGGCCAACCUGCUGCGGCUCAAUCCCUUGAACCAGACCAUGUUCAGGGACAUGGGCUUCGUUGCAGAGAUCAGUCGGCUCCUGCGGGAUGCUUACAAGGAGAGUAAGGAUGGACAGGAGCUCGCGCAGUGGGUGGAGGUCCAGCGCAACAGGAAUGUGUACGCCAUGCUCGCCGUCAUACGGCUAUUCCUUGUUCCCGGGGCGACGGGGACGCCGUUGAACCAGGAGGCGUUCCUUGGUGACCUAUCAUCGGGCGGGCGCGGCCGUGUACGUGGUGGACCGGUCUUAGAAAACACGCUCCAGAUCGCUUUCUCACACGUCGCCGAGCUGCCGAUCAAAGCUGAAGCACUUCUCGCAUGCGCAGACAUGAUUAGGGGCAACGAGAAGGUGCAGGCCAUGUUCGCCGGUCUACAGGUGCCGUCGCCGCUCGGCGAGCCGGCUGCCAACGGACAGAGCGGCCAGAAGAAUGGCAUCCCGAGGGUUUAUGUUAUUGACGGACUGUUGGAUCUCGUCUUGGCGGUGAGCUCGCUGCCGGCCUUCGACCUGCGGAUGGCCGGCUGUGCCUGUCUAAAAGCGUACUUCUUCAAGCACGCCGAGAUCCGUAUGCACUUUCUCGACCACGCUGUCCGGACGCACAAGGCGCAUGCCGAUGAGCUCACCAACGUGCUCACCAUCCUCCUCCAGCCGCGCCCGGACGCGGUUGCGGCAGAUCCUUACAGGUACUGGUUUGCCGCGGUGCUCAUGCUCCACCUCCUGCACGACAACCCCGAGACAAAGGCGAAGGCCAUGAGCGUCACAGAAGGCGAUGAAGCCAGCGGCGAGGAAGUCGUCACCUGCAUACAGACCAUGACGGCGCACCUCCUAAGCAGCGUCGCCAAGUCGGACGACCCGCGCAUCAGCAUCGGCUACCUGAUGCUGCUGUUGUGCUGGUUAUUCGAGGAUCUCGACGCCGUAAACGAUUUCCUCGGGGAGUUCACGAACCUCCAAGGGCUGAUCCAAGCCGCGAUAGAAAACCCCAACGGAGACGUCAUGGUACAGGGUCUCAGCGCGAUGCUGGCUGGUGUCGUAUACGAGUUCUCCACCAAGGACUCCCCGGUCCCGCGGGCGAAGGUUCGGGAGAUGAUCAUGACGCGCAUGGGCCGCGACCGCUACGUCGACAAGCUGUCCAGGCUACGGUCGCACCCGCUCAUGAGAGACCACGAGGUCCUGCCGCAAAAGCUGGAUGGCGCGGCAGACCUGAGGCUGCCCGACGUCUACUUCGACGACACCUUCGUCGAGUUCUUCAAAGACAAGUACAGCCGCAUCCUGCGCGCCAUCGACCGCGACCCGGACCUGGAAACCUCGGUCGUCACCAACGGCGCGGAAAAGGGCGUCUCGCGCGAGCUCGUCGACUCGCUGCGCGCCGAAGUCGCCGAGAAAUCCCGCGCCGUCCAAGAAGCCCAGGCGCAGACCGCCUCGCUCACCGAGCAGCUCGCGCAGGAACAAGCCGCGCACCGGCGCACCAAAGAGCUCAUCUCGGCCGACCUCGCCCGCGCCAACGACUCCGCGGCCGCCCUCCGCGCGCAGCUCGCCGCGCGGGACGCCGCGCUGCAGGCCGCCGAGGCGCGCGCCCUCGCGCUCACGCGGCAGCUGACGCAGGAGCAGCAGGAGCACCAGCGGGCGCGGGCGGAGGCGGCGCGGCAGCAGGCGGCCGCGGAGGCGCAGCAGCGGGCGCACGCGCAGGAGGUGGCGGCGCAGCAGGCGCGGCAGCGGGCGCGCGAGGAGGAGCUGCAGCGGGCGGCGGAGGGGGCGCGGCGGGCGGCCGAGCAGGAGGCGGAGCGGGCGCGGCGGCGCGCCGAGGCCGAGCGGGCCGACCUGCGCGCCACCAUCAGCAGGCUGGAGGUGGACCUGAUGAAGGCGAACAAGGCGCGCGCCGGGGCCGAGGCGCGGGUCGCGGAGCUCGAGGGCGAGGCGCGGCUCCAGGGGGAGAAGGGCGAGCAGGUCGGCAGGCUGCUGAGAGCGCGGGAGGAGGAGGCCAGGACGGCCGCGGAGCGGGCGACGGUUCUGGAGGGCGAGCUUGCCGAGGCGAGGGAGGCCAGGGAGAGGUUGGAGCGGGAGGUGGAGCGGGCCGUCGCCCGGGCGGAGGAGAAGGAGGAGGAGAGGAAGGCUGUGCAGGGCGAGCUGGAUGAUAUGUUGAUGGUGUUUGGGGACUUGGAGGAGAAGGUGACCAAGUACAAGAUCCUGGAAAGCCUUGUCAAGAUCAUCGUUGACGAUGAUUUUGUCGUGCACACCUGUUUCCGCGUACGCCAGCUCGGUCCUUGCCCGAGCCAGUCUCCUCUGGAUGCUCGCCUCAUCCUCGGUUCCCCGGCCCCUCAGUCGGGCCUCGAGCGCUUCCAGAUUCGGCGGCUUGAUGAAGACAAAGCGCGGGUUGAUCUGAGCAUCCGGCUUGGACUGCUCCUCCUUCAAUUGCUUGACGCCUACCAUCUCGAUGUCGAGCAGUACGACCGACCCUCUCGCAGUCUGGUCCAUGACUGUCCGCUUGCUAGUCCCAUAGAGAUUGCCAUUGAACUGGGCAAACUCGAUAAAGGCACCCUUGGCGAUGAGCGACUCGAACUCGUCUCGAGAAACGAAAUAAUAGGCUGA